UUCAAACUAGCUUACCCAUUCAUUCGCUAUGCACAAGAUUCGGUUACCUAUCAUUUAUUUCUAAAGUAAAACGAAAUAAAUAAAAAAGUACCUCUAAAAUGCCAAGUCCAAAGUCAAGUGGAUCUAAAAAAGGAAGUCCGGCCAAAAAGAGUCCUGACAAAUCAAAGAAAAAGAGUCCAAAAGGAGAUGCAGAUAAAAAGGGUGCAUCCGAAGCACCCGUGGAGGAGGAGGAGUUGGUGGUUCCGGUCCCUGAGGGGAUCAUGCACCGGAGGUUGCGUUUCUUGCUGGAAACUAAGCUAAAAACGGACGUGGAUUUUAUAGUUGGUCCAGAACAUUCCACCUCCACCAUAAGUGCUCAUAAGUGUAUGCUGGCUGCAGAGAGUCCAAUAUUUGAAAAACUCUUUACCGAAUGUGAUGAAUGGAAGUUGAAUAACAUCAAACAGCGCGAGGAAGAGGCCCGAAAACUGCGUGAAGAAGAGCGUGAAAUGGAAUUAGCUAUACAGAAUGCUGGUUCACCUAAAUCAAAGAAAAGUCCCGAUGCCAAGGAAAAGAAGGGUAGUCCCGGAAAUAAGAGUCCAGGGAAAAAGAGUCCAAGGAAAAGUACCGAGAAAAAGAGUCCAAAAAGUGAAAGCAAAGGGAGUCCCAAGAAGAGUCCAAAAUCGAAGGGUGGAAGCAAAGGAAGUAGUCCUAAAAAGGGUAGUCCAGGGAAAGGCGGUAAAGCAAGUCCAAAAGGUGGAAAAGGAAGUCCCACGCAAGCUGGCGAAAAGGAGAUCGAUUUCUACAAGGAUAUCGUCAUUGGAGCAGAUGUUAUUCGUGUACAGGACGUACAUCCUUUGGGCUUUUACCGGCUUUUGAGAUAUGUGUACUACGAUGAAAUGUCAUUCACUGGUGUCGUGGGCACUCUGAGGACACUGUAUGCAGCCAGGAAAUACUGUUUCUAUGACUUAGCACGGGCUUGUGUCAAUUACUUGGAAAACAAUGUGUGCAUUGAACAUGUCCUCAAGCUCCUCAAAGCAAGUUUUGAUUUCAAUGAACCACGAUUGCGUAAACUUUGUAUGCGGCUUAUCAUCAACGAUACAUUCGAAGUCCUCAAACGACCCGAAUUCAAAGACGUCCAUCGAGAUCUUGUUGUGCAAAUACUUAAGCAAGAUGUACUCAAUAUUCGCGAAAUAGAGCUAUUUGAUCAAGUGAUGCAUUGGGCUGAAAACGAGUGUGACCGCAUCGGCAUCCCAGUCACAGCUAUGAAUCAACGAAUUGCUCUGGGCAAUCAUAACUUUGCUCAUAUUCGCUUCCCGACAAUCUUGCCACACGAAUUUGCAACACAUGUGGUCGAAUCGGGUGCACUGAGGACAGACGAGAUCAUCUCUAUUCUUCAGUACCACAUAACAGGACGAAAACCCAAGGUACCAUACUCGUGUAAGACGAGGCGGCGUCCAUGCCUGGAUUUGUCUCCGCUGGAUAAUGCAAGUAUAGCAUUCUCCGAACAAACUGACGUAACUUUCCUCGUCUACACCGGAAAUCCAAGACGAGCUCACAGUUUCCGUGAUAUCUACAUACCAGCCGGUGUUCUUCCACCUGUUAAAACUUUGCUUAUCAAAGAAAGACAAAGGACCGGUUCGCCACCAGGCAGAUUCCACCUUACAGACGAUGAAUUUGAAGAGGUGGACGCAAACAUAAAACAUCUGGCGAGACUGUAUUCCGAACGUGAACAUUUCGAGUUCACCAAAAGUCACUUGGCACUUAUGCGCACUCACUACAAAUAACUUGCAUCUUCCAUUUUUGCUGCUCAUAAAUCAGAUCCGUAUUUUUCAAAAAUCACUGGCCGUGUAUGUUGUGAUUGUCCAAUACCAUCCAGUCACAGUAUCUGCGGAUCAACAAAUGGUACAUUUUACUGCGAUUUCAUUCCACAAGACCAGUCUUCCAUUCUUGUCAUCAGAACAAAUUCCACCAAUGUACUAUCCAAGCUAAUGCAACAGCGAAUUUCUAUUGUUGCUUCGACCGAAAGAUUCGGAAGGUAUCCCCAAUCUUUCCACAAUCAAGCAAGACGCUACUCUUCUGCUUGUAAAUGAAAAAUUGCUUUCUAUUUCAUUGAACAAAGUUUG